UUGUCGUUUUCAGCCAUCAUGGCGAACCCUCGGAAGUUUAGCGAGAAAAUUGCGCUACAUACGCAAAAGCAGGCUGAAGAAACGGCUGCUUUUGAGGCCAUAAUGCGAGAAGUGUCUGGAGUAUCACGGGUAGCGUAUCAGAAACAUCAUUUACAAUUGUCACAGAAUCUUGGAGCGUACCGGGGAGGAUCAUUACCGAAUGUUAAUCAGAUUGGGACGAAUUCCAUUGAUUUACAGAAUGCUCUUCAUAACUUAGAAGAUAUGAAGCAAGGGCGACAGUCUCUUGUUGACAGAAUGCAUCGAGACAGAAAUCGUCAAGUGGCUCACAGACGGCCUUUUCCAUUCGACAAAAGGGUUGACUGUUCACCUUAUGGCUCGGCCUACUUGUCGCCCCCACCAGACAGCAGCUGGAGAAGAACCAGUUCAGACUCUGCUUUACACACAAGUGCCAUGGCAACAGUGACAGACAACACGCAUGGUCAGAACACCCCACCCACACAGAGACGAGUGAUGGAAGUGAUGGGGGAUAAUCACCUACAGGCUGAUGGAAUGCAGAGAGGUGUCUACUGGGAUCCAAAGAAACUUGCACAGUCAAGACCUAAGUCAUGUGAAGUCCCUAACAUCAACAUUUACCCUUCUCAAGAGCAGGAUUCAGGUGUUCAUAUUCCAAUAUCCAGUAACACAGGCUCUCUUCCUGACCUGACAAAUCUUCACUUCCCAUCACCCCUGGCCACACCGUUAGAUGUGGAGGACCAGAGCUAUUCCCAGGGUAGCCCUGCCAACCUGUCUCCCACGUCCGCCCACCAUAUGGGCAUGGGGGUGCCUCCAGGCUCCAACCAGCCCCAGCAGCAGAGCCCAGUGGCCCGGCGACGCCACCCCCAUGGAGGCCCCAGUCCACUGGUCCUCACUGGGGGAGCCAAUCAGAUGAGGCUGCCCCUCUCUCCACCGGAUGCCAAUGUAGACCCCAGCCAGCUUUUGUCGGACCCUCGAAUACGGCAGCAGUACAUGUUAUACCUUCAACAGCAGCAGAGGUUACAACAACAACAACGACAGCAACAACAACAACAGCAACAUCACCAUCCUCAUCAUUCUUCUUCACAUCAUCAGUCUAAUUCUUCAAAUUCACCCCCUUCCAUUCCUCAUCAUCAAGUUCCUCAAAUACAUAUAUCAUGUCCACAGACACAAGCAGAUACUCAGCCAUCUAUGACCCAAUACAGGAACAGUACGUCCGACACGACGUGCCAAUCACCAACGUCACCCCUCUCCCAACCUUCGUAUUCUCCUGCUCAGUCUCCAGGGUUACCACCCAGCACCGUUAACAACUCGCCGUUUGCCGAUGCCUACUAUUUACAGCAGCAGCAGCAGCAACAAACAAACUCCUUGCAGCAUCAGUUUGAACAAUUUAGCAUGCAGUUAUUUGAUACUUUCCAGUUACAAGACACUCAGCCCAUAUGUACGGCCUCCAAUCAGAUCAACAAGAGUAUGGCGAACAAUGGAGGCAUGUACAUAAGCGGCCAGCCCACGACAGCCAACAUCUCCCAGGUGGGCCUCAACCAGGUAGUAGGGGACUACGUGCAGCAACGCUACUACGACAACAACCAGCACUCGCCACAUCAGCAAACUCCCAACAGCACCAUUCUCAACUGUCUCCUUCACCAAAUACCAACAACAAAAUUCCAGAUAUCAUUUUUACUGGUGCUGAUGACCCAUUGGCUCGUCAAGAUUUUGCGAAAGAACUUGGGAAUGCAAUCACAGGCAUGUCAGACAGCUUUGAUACAGAUUUUUUCCCGUCAGACGAGGCACUGAAAGUGGGCCUGGACCCGCUUGAUUUAGAUGGACUCCAAAUGCUCACAGAUCCUAACAUGGUGGCUGACCCUGCCACGGAGGAUACUUUCCGAUUGGACAGGUUAUAGAGGUACCUAUGGUCGACCUAUCCCGGAGAACUAGAGGAGGAGGAAGAGCUCUAAGUCAUUGCGUAACUGUUUCUCUGCUGACGAUGCCCUACACCCUCUUGGAGUGGCCGUGUCAAAUGUGUACAAGGUUAUUGCUGACUGAAAGCCUGUUGUGAUUGUGAAUAGGCUCAGUUGUGCGUGCGAUUGUGGAUUUUCCAGCCUUUCAGGGGAUUUCCCUGACGUUGAGGGAAUUUCCUUGGCACUUUUUGAUUGCAGCAAGGCUACUACUGCUGUUCUUGUGGCUGUUACUGUCCCACUGGGUGACAUUGCCAGCUGUCAAAUCUGGUCAAAAAAAAAAAAAGAAGGUGGCUCCUGCAGCACCCCAGGACGGUGAAAUUACCAAGUAGUGCUGGGUUUGUGUUACGUGUCAGGAUUGGAGCAGCGCAGGAUCCUGCCUUCAUGGUGAAGGUUUACCUGAACACUGGGCCUCUCAAUGUUCAUUGCCAUUUGGCAUCACUAACUGACAUUCCAUCUUACUGACUGUUUUGCACACAAGGAUAUAUUUUGUCUGUAAUGUGCAAGUGUAAUAAACUUCACAUGGUUGGUGCAUUCUUCUUUACGAACUCUGUAAGCUGCUUAGAAAUUAUGAGGCCUAUGUAGCUAAGUCAGUCUUUUUAUUACUCUGGGUGGAAUCAUAAUGCGGUAAUUUGGUCUUACUCCCAGGUUGUUCCAGAAAAAAAAGGAUAUUAGCAUAUUUUUAAAUAUUUAACUUAGUCACACCAUUAUUUUUAAAGACUAUUGCUUGUACAAAAGAGAAGAGUUGUAGUUUGUAUAACAUAUUAUGGAGGCUUUCUAGAAGGCAAAGGGUAUAACCACUGCCAAGAUUUUAAUUUUAUUCCUAAAUUUAAGCUGUAUUUAAGAUCUGAAGUAUGAGUGGGCUUUAAUUUAUCUUUCUAUCCUAUUUUAGUGAUGCAGUUGAUUUGGCUGCGCUAUUUAUAUGCGCCUUAACAUAUUGCCGCUGUUCAUCACUUUCCACAGUUACAGCUUGGCUAACAGGUAUCACCCAAUAUAAUUGGUGUACAUGUGGAGGCCAGGUGUAUGACUAUUUUAAUUAAUUUCUUUCUUUUUUUCCUUCUCCUUUUGUUCCACAUUAUUCACAGCUAUUUCACUUUUUGGAAAGGUCUUGGUUUUAGUAACAGGUGAACAAAAGAGAAAAAUGCUAAAGAUAAUCAUGUGACAUUACAAGAUUAAGUUCUGCGCAUGUGUUUGUCAAGGGAGAUAACUAUGGAUUGAGAUAAUUUCGGUUGGAGCGGGGGGGGAGAGGGGGAAAGAUUCAUGUAACAUUAAAUCAUAGUCUGUUUCCACUUUUAUCAGAAGUGCUCUGUAUAUAUUGCAUUCUCAUUUGUACUGUGUCAGUGUGGUUUUUCACCAUUUGCUCUUCGUUUUCCAUGUAUUGCUUUCAAAUUCUACCACAGCGAUCAGGCAGCUAAUCUCAUGCCCCCUUCCCACUCAUCACUGCCCGGACAAAGGGACAGGCAGACAACGCAACGGUCUUCAUGCCCAUUACAUUCAUCAUCACAUUGUUUUUCACCUGUACAUGCUGUACUUUUGUAUUGUUAGUAUUAGGCUCAAUGAAAUACAAAACUCUGAAUUUUAAACUACAACAUGUGCCCAUUCUGAUGUGGUAUCUGUAUUACUACCAAGCACACAGAUUGGUUCUUUU